GAACGGACUGCACUGGGGAAUAUCUGCCCAGGGAAUACAAUAGGUUUUCAGCUCAUUAAGUUGGAUAAACAAAUGGCUUUCUGUAGGAGAUGCUGUGAGUCAUGGGCAUCAGCAGGCAAACACUGGAAAGAUCAAUAACUCCAGAGGGGCGGUGGAGGAGCAUUAAUGGGAUGCCAUGAAAUUCACUAGAAGACGCCAACUGCCUGCUUGAGUGCAAACACUUGUCUGGCACUAAACUGAUGUGGAGGACCAGUGGUGUGUCAGAGACAUUGAGGAAAAUGGGUAACGCCAUGCGAGGCGUCAUCGCCUUCAUUCCCUCAGAGCGCUGUCAACGCUUCUUAGUAGGAGACCUGAAGGAGAUGCCUCUUGAUCGGACCCUAGACCUGAGCGGCCGGCAGUUGCGUCGGCUACCUGUUGCUGCCUGUGUCUUUGACGAGCUGGUGAAGCUCUACCUGAGUGACAACAACCUCAGCACUUUACCUGCUGAGCUGGAGGGUCUAAGGAAGCUGCAGCUGCUGGCCCUUGACUUUAACUGCUUUGAAGAGCUCCCAGCAGCUGUUUGCAGAUUGCCCCAGCUCAACAUCCUUUACCUGGGCAACAACAGGCUUUACCACCUCCCCAGAGAACUGCGAGAGCUCAAGGAACUUAGUACUCUGUGGCUGGAGACUAAUUGCUUCACUGUUUUCCCUAAGGUGGUUUGUGAGCUCUCUAAUCUCAAGACCCUGCACCUCGGUUAUAACCAGAUACGGAGUUUACCGAAAGAACUUAAACGGCUGGAAGAGCUAAGAAGUAUCUGGCUUGCUGGGAACCAGCUGGCAGAGUUCCCACCAGUGUUGCUGGAAAUGCACUUUCUAGCUGUCAUUGAUGUGGAUCGGAACAAAAUACGCCAAUUCCCAGGCCUGUCUCACAUGCAGGGGUUGAAACUUGUCAUUUAUGACCACAACCCCUGUGUUAACGCUCCAGCAGUAGGUGAGGGUGUCAGGAGAGUCGGACGCUGGGCAGAUAGCUCAGAUGAUGAGCAGGAAGAUGAUGGGUCAAAAGCAGCCAGUGAGACUACAGCUGAGGUCACGGAAGUACAACCUGAAGAGGAGCACAACAUUUAGGGGUCAAGGAGCAAAGUGACCUUCAGCCGUGGCGAGGCCUGCCAGCACAGGAUGACAUUCAAGUGGAACACUACGGUGGAAGGGUGUGCUGUACGUCAGGGUGUUGGUCUUUGGUCCAUAUAUGGUAAAACCAGUCAUAUGAGCUUUAAUAUAAGACACUAAGUAAAAAAUAGUCCAGAAAUGUGACCUGUGUAAAAAGGGACAUUUGAAUCUUGAAAUUAAAAUGUUUAAUAUGUUUGGUUUUAAUAUGUAUAAAAUGUCAGUGUCUUAUUUAAAUUUGUAAAACUCUGUAUAUACCUUCAAACGAUCAGUUGCAACAAUAGUGACUUUGUAAAUUGAUUUUAAUUUUCACCAUAUCAGAUUUCAGCAUUAGAGCAGUAAACAGUACUGUGUGUGUGUGUUUGUGGGACAGUAAUACAGAAUGAUAUUCAUACUUUUCCAUUAAAUUGACUAUGCAGUUAGUUGUUGCUGAGGCUAUUCUGGGGGUCAUCUAUGAAUUUGCUUAGUUCCAGAUAACCCUGAUGUCAACAGAUGCACAACGUCAUCAUUAAAUCAACAAAAGGCAUGAAAUGGCACCAUAUAAUUUCAAAGGUUUUCUGUGAUAACUAAAUUUAUUCUGCAAAUACCAAGAAAAAGAAGAGGAGAAAUUGUUCCAGCAGAGUCUGAGAUAAUACAUGUACCUGCUGAGGCUAAAUACAGUGAGGUUUUUAAUACAAGUGAUGGAUGGUUUAAGUCAAUUAGCGCACUCCUUAACCAGACCAAUGCAUAAUUCAUCUGAUAGAUUGGGGCUGUGGCUUUGAAUAAAGGCUGCUAAUGGUCCUUAAUAUCAUCGCAAUGGUUCUGAUUUGAAACAGAUCACAAAUGCAGCUUUCUAAUUCCUAAAUGUACCAGGAAAAUGUUCUGUAAACAAGAUUAUAUGUCAUUGUUAAAAAUAUCAUUUUGCACAUUUUGAAUCCUUUUUAAUAUUGAGAGAUGAGAAAAGGCUGCAUACCAGCCAUUUUACUGGGAAUAUUAUUUCUAAUUGCAUGCACAACUGUAUUUUCAUCUUUCAUUCAGCUUCCUA